UUAGAACGUCACACAGACUCAGCGGAAGCUUAGAAGAUUUAUGAUGUAUGAUUUCACAGAGAAAAUAGCCCAACCUCGCAUUUCACUUCCCUCUGCUAAAGGAUGCAACAUCUGCUCUGUCUGUGAAGAGCAGAGCAGAAGCCAAAUUAAGAUUCAUAUCCGUUCAUUAAUCUCAUGGUUGAAGAGCUGAAAGAGGAGUCAGAGACCGGGUAAAACGGUCAAACGAUCGAAGUCGACAGACAUCUCUCUUCUGAAUGUGCUGCUUGAACAAAACGGUACAUAAUGAACGCAGUUCCUAAGCUUUCACUGGAUUACAGAGCAGAGGACUAAAAUAUGAAAUUGCAAAACAAAGGGCUUUUACUCUUGGUCAUCAUAGUGUUGAAAACCUGUAACUCAAAUGAUGACUUCAUCAUCCCUCGGACACCCCUGAUUAUCUCUGUUUCGGCCUACUAAACCACAGCUUAUAAUAACAACACCCAGAACAAAGAAAUCAUGAAUGGUUUGCCAGAUACCUCUGUGAAAUGUGUACUGGUUGGAGACUGUGCAGUGGGUAAAACAGCACUCCUUGUACGCUUCACUUCUGAAACAUUCCCAGACAGCUACAGACCCACUGUCUAUGAAAACACUGGCGUUGAUGUAUUCAUGGAUGGAAUCCAGAUCAGUUUGGGAUUGUGGGAUACAGCAGGGCACGACACCUUCCACCAAAUUCGGCCUAUGUCUUAUCAGCUAGCAGAUGUGGUUUUACUAUGUUAUUCGGUAGCAAAUCCUAACUCAUUACAUAAUCUCCGGCAUAAAUGGAUCGCUGAGGUAAGGGAAUUUCUUCCGAAAGCACCUGUUCUGGUUGUUGCUACACAGACAGACCAUCGUGAGAUGGGACCGUAUCGUGCUAACUGCACCACAGCCUCGGAGGGCAAACAGGUGGCCCAGGAGAUCCGUGCAAAGGGAUACCUGGAAUGCUCGGCUCUGAGCAACCGUGGCGUGCAACAGGUUUUUGAGUGUGCCGUUCGAACGGCCAUUAAUCGGGCAAGAAGACGGACACGGCGUAGACUGUUGGACUUUAACCCCUGUAAAGUCUCCUGAAAGUCAUGAAAUGGAGAUAUUAUUUAAUCAUAACCUACACAUAUGACUUCUUAGGAACCUCAGAUUUCUCAUCACUAAGAUUUUCCUAAAUUCUUUCAGACACAAACUAAUGGAUACCUUAACAAAGACCUUGUCUUACUACUGCAUUCAAAGACUAUUUCAUGUCAUUCAUAUAAAAAGGCAUGUAUACUCCAUUGACAUGAGAUGUUUUGUGGAAAAGAUUGUUUGAUUUUGAAUCUAGACUUUAAAAAAAAAUGUGCAUCUUAUGGUUACAUCUAAAUUAACUAGUUUAAUUCAAGUCUAAAAUAUUAUUUAAUGUGUAAAUCAACCUGACUGCACGGUUACACCAACAAAACUAAUUUUAAGGGUUAGAUCAGGUAGAGAUUGCAGGUUACCAGCCUUACAUUGUGUAGCCAGGUUCCGAUAUCUGAUCAUACAGUCUAUGCUUUAGACAAGUGGUUCUCGGCUGUUUUUGCUUCAGGACCCAGAUUUACAGUACUAAACACAGUACUAAAACUGUUUAUCAUAAAAAAGAUUUCCUCAGAAUCAAUCAUGGAAAUGUGUUAAAACUACACUGAUAAAAAUGUGCCUUAUGUGGUAAAAUCUAAAUCAACUGAUUUCAUUUAAGUCAAAAACAUGAUUCAACAACACUGAAUCCUGAACUGAAUAUAUAUUCUUUCACCGACAAAACUUAUUUUAAUGGUAAGAUCAUGUUGAAAUUGCUCCUUAAAGGAACAUUUGCAGGUUACCACUUUUACGGUGUACAAUAAACUUCACAGGCCUAAAAUGAUACAAUAUUAUUAAGAUGACAGGCUGAAUAGGAAGAUUGACAAUUUUGUAAAAGCAUAAAGAACAGCAGAAGUGUGAUUUACCAGACUAACACAUGGAACAAACACUGGGCCAAAUAUUAGUAUAAGCAAUAUUACCAAGUGAUGGACACAUUUUAAAGGAUUGUAGAAUUUGUAAAUAUGGUAUUAAUACCAUAAAUAUGGAAGAUUUUUCUCCUCCACUUUUAGUUUAUUAGUAUAUUUAUCUUGCUUUCCUUUCUAAACAUUAUUAUAUGGUUAGUUGCAUUUUCUUACAUACAUUCAGCAAUUUUUCUCUUCUUUCUUCAACCCUGUCAGAGCAGAUCUGCAACCCACCAGUUGAGAACCACUGCUUUAAUCACACACUUUAAACUGAACAAAUAUUAAUUAAUUUAGUCAUUAUAAAUCUGUAUCCUUGUUGUUAAUUUUAAACAAUUCAACAUUUACCAGAAUUUUCCAAGAACAUAUUAUUUAAAAAGGACAGAUGCAGCUGUUACAUCUGUUGGAUAAUGGACAUUUUGUUAACUUUAGUUCUUUACAGAACUGAGCCCGUCAUUUAAAAAAUGGUAUCUGCACUUUUAGCUUGCUUUUUCUAGUAGCUUGCGUAGAACAGCCCCUUGUUGGGCUCUUAAAACCUACUCUAGUCUCCCAGUAUCUAUACCAGAACUGUGAUGAAUUAUGGAUGCAUGUAUUCACAUUAGCUCAUAAGGCCAUGAGAUCACAUGCUGCGAUGAGCAACAUCUCAGUUUUAGAUGGGGAAUAAAUCAGUGCCGUUUUGUAUUUUGAUCUGACGACAAUGCGUUUUACUGUAUCUUAUACACUGUUCAUGGGGGUUAGGAAUAGCAUCAGUAGUUCUUAUUCUCAAAAUAUUGAUUUCAUAGCAUUUAUAGGUUUAUUAUAUAAGCAGUUGUUUUAAGAAAUACGUUUAUUUUGUGUGAGUGUGUGUGUGUGUGUGUGUGUGUGUGUGUGUGUGAGAUCUGUCAGGGAACAUCUAUGUGUUUAUACCAAUUCUGCCUAAAUGAGCACAACCUUUGUCUUCCUUAAAAAAUGGUAAAAACAUUGAGUUUCACUAGAUAUAAGUAGUUUAAUUGGAGAACAGUAUUUGGGGGAUAGAGUUUCAUUGGACAUAAGUAUCCCAUAGAUAAAAACUUUGACAGAAAAUAAGGAUUUUUUAUUUUAUUUUUUUGGCAAUAUCUGUCAAACUUAAGCUAACCAAGCAAGCUGUUAUAACAAUGAUGAUAAAAUAUCUUAACGGAAUUGUAUGUUACUGAUUUGGUGGAAAGCAUUAAGCUGAAAUAAGUGUGUUACAAGUGAACAGUGUUAAAAUCAGUGCAUUAAACUGUCGUUUGCCAUUAUUCAACAGAUAUAUGCAUGUUAACUAAUAUCCAAGACUCUCCGUAGAUAUCAGAUGUCAGUAGUUUUCUUAUUCUCUACAGUCUAUUGUCAAUCUGUGAGCUAUGAGUAUACAAGCAAUUUCUCAAAUGAAAGAAGAAGAAAAGAAACAUUAUUGCCCCCAAAACUUUCAACAUUAUCAAAUGUAUUUUAGAAGACUAAGAUAAUACAUAGUGCUCUACUCUCCACAUUAGGACAGUGCAGGACAUACGUUCCCAAAAAGAACAUUGUUUCCAGCUUUUUCAAGACAAAAGAUCCAGAUUUCACGUUGUUUGAGGAUGAA